GUAAGGGAGUGACGUAAAAAGACAACGACACCGGUAAAGACUAGCACGUCAGGUCAGCACUCCUUCGACACUUAGUCACGCCCACGGAUGUAUGACAUAUUUGCGCACAGUUUGAAAUGCUGUGGUAGUGGAAAUUCUCAUCAUUGUAUGCGUUUGCAGCGGUGGAGGGUGGAGACCACUACAUUGGAAACAGACGACAUGCUGGUAUUUUUGCACGGACUGUGUUAUAUCUGGCUAAUACUGGCUGGUCUGGUGCCCUACACUAAAUGUGCAGACUCUGGCUGUGAUGACUGGACUAUUUCUGAUCAAGAUAGUCAAGAUGUGUGCUGCACGAAAUGCAAGCCAGGGAACCGCUUGGUGAAAGUUUGUGGAAAAGACCCGGCAUUGCUUUGUAGACCCUGUGAACCCAACAAAUACACGACCAAUCCUAAAAGUUACUAGUGCAUGUUAUGUACCCAGUGCACAGGUCCACAGUUUACACUUAAACCUUGCAAUAUCACGAGCGACACAGUAUGCGGAUGCAAAGCUGGAUAUCGGUGUGGAAACGAGAGAUGCUCUUACUGCGUUACUGAAUGCAAAACGGGAGAAGAACCUACAAGAUCCCGUUCCUGUUGGAAAUGUCCAGAAGGAACGUUCAAUGACAAAAUCCACAGUAUGUGCAAAAAAUGGAAAGAAAGUUGUCCAAAUGGCCAAAUUUUGGACACCAAAGGAAAUGCAUUCAGGGACCAUGAGUGCAUAUUUGACAACGAAGUAACGAACAUAAACAAAGACAAAAACACAAAAUCAAAUGAAUACGAAAAGAACAGCAUAGACAACUCCUUGCCUGUCGUGACUGGGAAAAAUCAAGACAAGAUUAAAUGGAUUCCAGUCUGCAUUGCUGGAGGUGUGGCGAUGCUGGCCGUUCUCUGUUUCGUUGCGUCAGUGACUACAUGUGUUAAAGCACGGAGCAAAAAAGAGAAGCCCAAAGCUGCUACGUCAGACCAAGAGCUGUCAGAAGAGUCAAGGAUUGUGGUUGUGGAGCAGGAGGCCUGUAGUUUUCACCAUCCACAGCAGGAACAGGGGGGCAGCUCAGAGUCCAUCAGCACGCAGGACUCUGAAAGUAAACUCAUAGUGUGACUUUAU